GGCAAGGGUUUACUGCAGGUCAUGCUGAAGCAAGGGAAGCAAUGGAAGUCAAUGUGCAAGGGGCUCGUCCUGGGGACUCUGCUCACCACCUGCAUGAUCCUGCUGUACUCGUACGCGGCACCUCCUCACCAGCUCAGCCUGCAGGAAAUUCCCGUUCCUUAUUCAUGUUCAUAUAAACCUGCACAUGCCAGAAAUGUGCCCCGGAUGAAUGGAUCUCAUUUCACCUCUGAGCUAAGCAAAAUCUGCACCCCUAAAGAAGAUAUCAUGUUCAUGAAGACACACAAGACUGCCAGUAGCACAAUUCUCAACAUUCUCUUCCGCUUUGGGCAGAAACAUCGCCUGAAAUUUGCUUUUCCCAAUGGCAGGAAUGAUUUUUAUUACCCAUCAUACUUUGAUAGGAGCCAGGUGAAGGAUUACAGGCCAGGCAUGUGUUUCAACAUAGUCUGUAAUCAUAUGAGAUUUAACUACGAAGAGGUUCACAAGCUACUCCCUGAAGACACUAUUUAUUUCACCAUUCUCAGGAACCCUGCAUAUUUAUUUGAGUCAUCUUUUCAUUAUUUUGGUCGAGUGAUCCCAUUCACCUGGAAAAUAAGCGGAGAGGACAAACUGGCUGAAUUCCUCAGGGAACCCAACCGAUAUUAUGAUCCAAGUGGUUUUAACUCCCAUUACUUGAAAAAUUUGCUAUUUUUUGACUUUGGUUAUGAUAAUAACUUAGAUAUCAAUGACCCCAAAGUAAAGAAGCACAUCAAAACUAUCGAUGAAAGGUUCCAUCUGGUGAUGCUCCUAGAACAUUUCGAUGAAUCACUUAUUCUUUUGAAGGAUGUAAUGUGCUGGGACCUGGAUGAUAUUUUGUAUUUCAAAUUAAAUGUACGAAAAGAUUCCACUGUAUCAAGAAUGACUGGAGACUUAUAUGAGAAGGCAACAAACUGGAACAAAAUUGAUUCCAUGUUGUACCAAUACUUCAAUGCUACUUUCUGGAAAAAGGUGGAAAGAUAUGGGUUUGAACGCAUGGAGCAUGAUGUGGAAGAAUUGCGCAGGCGCAAUGAUAACAUGCAGUCAAUCUGCAUUGAUGGUGGGCACCCAGUGGACGCAAACGCCAUUCAGGAGGCAUCAUUGAAACCAUGGCAACCACUUGGUGAACGCUCAAUCAUGGGCUACAACCUGAAGAAGAACAUUAGCAAAAAGCACAGGAAGCUCUGCAGGAAAAUGCUCACCCCUGAGCUACAAUAUCUGAGUGAAUUAGGAGUUAACCUGUGGAUAACAAAAUUAUGGUCCUAUAUCAGGGAUUUGUUGAAAUGGUAGUUGGCCAGCUUUGAAAUGUGAUGGGUUUCACAUUCACACCUCUGUCAUUAUGGCAGCUACAGGGAAUAGCAGAACUUAAUUAUUAUCACGGACUACUAGAUCUUGGGCACUGUGUUGCUGCCAUUCUCGAUUGCCAUGCAACCAUAGGCAGUCAUUCACAUUUGUAAUAUAGAGCUAUCCUGGGGUAUAGUUCAAUGUUCUGCUUUGUUCUUCAAAUUCGUAUUAGUAAAAUUGUAAUUUACUUGGAGGUAUAUGCCCUACAACACUAUGUUCCGUAAAAGAUCUAAUCCCAACUUCCAAUUGCAAUUAUGACUUUUUUGAAGGAUCACAUAUGAAACAACUGUGAAUUAGAAGUAUGAUCAGAGAAGUCAGAACAGUGACCAAAUGCUGAGGGAUCUCUGACCAAUGCCACCAUGUGGCCUUGUGAACUAUUCCUGACAGGCAGCAAUUGAUUGCCUACUUGAUGCUUGUCAGAUAACAUAUGACCUACAUUAUGAAUUUGCUAUGCCGUAUAUUUAUAAGGAACGCCCUACUCACACUUAGAAUCCAGAGUGUACUUUAAAAAAAACCCUAGUCUUAAAUUACUUUAAGAAAAUCACAUCUCCUUUUCAAUAUGCUAUUACAAACACAACCAUGUUUUUAAACAUUUUUAAUUGUUUCUGUGCAUGAUUGUACCAAUAGCAAUUCUAUGUCACUCUGGAGUAGGAAUCCUGUGCAAUAUUACAACAGUAACAUCAUUUUUAGUCACUAUGAAGUUCUCACAGUUUGGUUGAACAAAAUGCAAGCUGAUGAAUGUA